GUUCCCAGGAGACAGACGUGUAUUCGAGUUAACUCCACAAAACUUUCCCGUUGUAUGAUCAUGAAGACCAAAUACUCGAGGUUUUGAACGGGUUUUUGGCGAACRAUCGUGUUUAUAAAGACCUAUGCCUAUUCGAUGGCAAAUGGCAAAGGAAAAUAUGGCAUAGAUCCAAGGAUUGCUUGUAUAACUUCGCCACUUUGGAAGCAUUCUUCGGGAAGUAGUGUUGUGACUUUGAAAAUGAGACCACAAGCUUCUCCGUUUACUUCACUUGAUACUUUCAUGGCUGCUCACAGUCCACGACGAUUUUGCCAAACGAGACAAAGAUACCUUCUAARGCCUUUGGGCUUCGAUAAGCAAAUAUCAGAGUCAGGAUUCGAACCUGUGGAUGACGAAAAAGAAGCAAGACCGAAAAAUCCCAAAAGUAUUCACCACAGCAAUAGCUACAAYUUCAACAAGGUCAACAGAAAUAAYACAURUAGUCCAAGCACCUCCACGAGUGCYCAGGACAGCAGUAGCGACCAGGAACAAGGGAGCAAUCGCAUCYUACCUCUUGGGAAAUGCAAAAUUAAUGAUGAAGAAUUUGUAAAUGGAUGCGAUGGUCACUCAAAAUUUAAACCUUCUAGCACUUUCAGACCCACCCAAAGGCUUCCAUUUACUUUUAGCCGUAGUGCUUCGAUYCCAACUUCACCUAGAGAUACGACAGAUCUCAUUGCUAUAGGAACUAUAUCUUUGACUUCUCAUCGCCAGCCUGUGCCGAAGCCACAAUCAAGGUGGAAAACAAAAUCAACACUAAAUUUGAAAGGUUCUAGAUAUCCUGACCCCUUAAGUGGUGCCCCAACAACCUUCCAUGCAAGGAUGACCGAAAUGGCCCAGCUCGAACAAGAAACCAUCAAAUACGAGAAGAGCAAAAAAGUCAAGAAAAAAUCACCAACUUGAAAAAUUUAGGGAUUAUUAUUUGUUAAAUAUUUAACAUUAAUUCUUGUUCAUACACUGUAGCAUCUGUUUUGUGUAAGAUAUGUUGUAGCUUAUUGUAGAUAAAACCCCAUGUCKGAAUGGAUAUAGCAUUGAAAUGGCWUCCCAAGGAAGCCUUGUCAAUCAAGCUUGUAGAGACAAUAGUAUUGGACGACCGAAGUUCAAUAUCAAAAUAACGUUUUUGAUAAAAAUGUAAAUAGCACUUGUAAGGCUAUCUUACCAAUAAUUUGACUGGACAACAAAGUGUCAAUUUUUUUUAAA